AUGGUUUUCAAGGAGACACAGGUUGUGGAGGUGUCGAUCCCAUUGCCCGAUUCGCUGGACACGCGCAUCUAUAUCCGUGUCACGACCCUCGACAAGGCGGUGAUGGUUUCGCUCACGACGGCAUCACAAGAAGAGCUAGGAGCCACGACGCCAAUGGGCUCCAUGGUAUAUGCACUGCCUGAUAGAUUCAACCCCCAGCAGCCGCUAGCCACGACAAUCUUCACGACACAGGCCACUGUUGAAUUCACAACCCGCACCGCGCGGAUUCUGGCGAGGAAGGCAAACCGCCCCGUUUACGUGACAAACUCGAUAAGCUUCGUAAAUGCCGGCAUGGGCGGCACUGUGGAAGAGGAGAUGGAGGCGCUCAAGAAUGUGAUUGAAGUCGUCUCCGGUCAGCUGAGCAAGGAGGGCCUGCUCGAGGGCACCAGCGUCAACGAAGCUUCCUAG